GUGGGUUGUAUGUCACUUUGUGUACCAGCACAUCUAUGAUGGGGAAGAUCAUCUUUUACGAGGACAGGAACUUCCAGGGCCGCCACUAUGAGUGCAGCAGCGACUGUGCUGACCUGCACUCCUACUUCAGUCGCUGUAACUCCAUCCGUGUGGAGAGCGGCUGCUGGGUUCUGUACGAGCGCCCCAAUUACAUGGGGUACCAGUACGUGCUGACCAGGGGAGAGUACCCCGACUACCAGCGCUGGAUGGGGUACAAUGACUCCAUCAGGUCCUGCCGCACUUACAGCUAUGCCAGAGGAGGCUCCUACAGCAUGAGGAUCCAUGAGAGACCCGACUUCGGAGGCCAGAGGAUGGAUUUCAGUGAUGACUGCGAGUCUGUCCACGAUCGUUUCCACAGCCGUGAAAUCCACUCCUGUAACAUCAUGAAUGGUUACUGGAUCUUCUACGAGCAGCCCAAUUACAGAGGAAGACAGUACUUCCUGAGGCCCGGAGAGUACAGGAGAUACAGUGACUGGGGGGCACAUUCUCCAAUGGUUGGGUCUUUCAGGCGCAUCAUGGAUUUAAUGGGCAAGAUUGUAUUCUACGAGGACCGCGACUUCCAGGGCCGCCACUAUGAGUGCAGCAGCGACUGUGCUGACCUGCACUCCUACUUCAGCCGCUGUAACUCCAUCCGUGUGGAGAGCGGCUGCUGGGUCCUGUACGAGCGCCCCAAUUACAUGGGGUACCAGUACGUGCUGACCAGGGGAGAGUACCCCGACUACCAGCGCUGGAUGGGAUACAGCGACUCCAUCAGGUCCUGCCGCAUGAUCCCACACGACAGCAGUGGCUCCUACAGAAUGAAGAUCUAUGAGAGACCCGACUUCGGAGGCCAGUCGAUGGAGUUCAGUGAUGACUGCGAGUCUGUCCACGAUCGUUUCCACAGCCGUGACAUUCACUCCUGCAACGUGAUGGACGGCUACUGGACCAUGUAUGAGCACCCCAACUACAAGGGAAGACAGUACUUCAUGAGGCCCGGAGAGUACAGGAGAUUCAGCGACUGGGGAGCAAGCUGUGCCACUGUUGGCUCUUUCAGGACAAUCACUGACUUCUAAAUCACUGCAAAAUCCUUGUCCCCUUAUUUACUCUGUAACCAAAAGUGAAUAAAACGAUCUCUGAGCGCUGA